AUCGACAUUAUUUUAUUCUGUGAGUCAAUAACUCACGUUUUCUUUCCAUACCAAGCUCAAAACGUGAGUCGCGACAAAGUUAAACGUUAUGUUUUUCAAACUAAAUCAUAUUUUUCUUAACAACAAACAUGCAGAAAUAAUAAAACAGAAAAUUAAAAUGGAUUUCGCGACAUUCUGGCUUUCAUAGUACUUCAUGUUAUGUUUUAAAUGUUUAUUUUUUUUUCAUUAAAACAACAAAUAAUUAUUUUUAAAAAAAAAUGAGAAAUAUUUAAUAAUUCCGCUGAAUUUAUGUUAAAUAAGAAGAUUUAAAAUGUCUUAAAGACAUUUAAAUAAAUUUUGAGCCAUUUAAUAAAUUCACCUUAAGCUGCACCUUGAGAAGUAAAACGAGUCUAAAAAAAAACAUCUAAAAUGAUAACAGACUACAAGGAAAUUCUUAUCAGAUUGAGCUUAACUAAAAGAAGUUUAGUAGAAGUAAAUAAAUUUGCAUUUUAAGAGAGAAUUUUUCAGUAAAUUCCUCUGAAAGAUAACAAAGAUGGUUUAUUCUUUGGGGUUCAUUCUGAUUAUCAUCUCUUACGUGCCAAUUGCAAAUGGUAUUGUGUCUUCUGCACAUGUCUCCACUCUUUACAGUUGGGAAUCUUUUAAAUUUGAAGAUCUUCCCUACACGGAGGACUCCCAGGUAGAUGAUGAAUAUGAUUACUACAUCAGUGAAAACAUUGUUCCCAGCGCUUUUUCUUACCAUGAUAAAACUGGAUGUCUCUUCGUGGCUAUUGCAAGAUCACAUCCCGGAAUACCAGCUACGAUCACCUAUGUUGAUACAAAGGAAUACCAAAAAGAAUAUUCUCCACCCCUCAGAGGAUUCCCAACGUAUGAGGAUAAUUUCCUUCCUGGAUGGUUUGAUGUGGAUGAUCUUGAUUCUUAUGACUACCUCCAUAACAUUUAUCCAGACUACAGGCCAAUUGAGAGAUCUAAAUUUAGAGGAUCCUAUCAUUUUAUCUCGAUCUACUACACCGUCAUGGACAACAAAUGCAACCGCUUGUUCUUCCUUGACUAUGGAGAAUAUCGUCUCUUUGGUGAAGUAGUCUACAACCGUCGACCUGUCCUGUGGGCUUUUCACAUUAAUGAAUGCAGUGAAGAAGGUUUUGGGUAUCCACCUGAACUUAAAGUCUCCCUUCCGGAUGAUUUGGCUGAAACCCCUUCAGGAUUUAGCACCUUCGCCCUGGAUAUUUAUGGCAACUGCAAUGAAUUUGCAGUUUACAUGACCAACUGCUAUGAUAACACCAUCAUUGUUUACGACAACGUGAAGAAGUCCUUUUGGUACUUUCAACAUGAAACCUUCUUUCCCAAUGCUGAAGGAUUCUUCAUUGACAAUCCUACUCUCCCUGAUAACUAUGGCUUUGGAAUAAUGGGAAUAAAAUUGGGACGCCCAAAUGACUACCCAUUCAAGGAUGUCUACUACUCCCCUGGCUCAAGCUAUGGACUCUUCAAAACAUCCACAGCUAUCCUUAGAGAUUACAUCCUCGCACCUGGUGACCCUACUUCGAUGGAUUUUGAAUUCCUCGGCUACGGAGGUUUAGAUAGUCAAUCAAUAAUGGCCUACGAUGCUGUAACGGAAGUUCUCUUCUUCAUCCACCUACUCUCUAAUACACUACAGUGCUGGAAUACCAAUGUAUCCCUAAGUGAGAACAACGUCGUCACCCUAUUUGGUGAUCUAGAAUACGGAGCUGAUAUUGUAAUUGAUGGUAAUCGAAAUUUGCAAUUCUUACUCUACGAUGGACGUGGAUUGCCGUAUUUUCAAACUAAUAAAUCUGACAAUUCUAUCUAUCAACUGUACUGUGUUCCUGUUGAUGGCAUCAUUAAGGAUACAGCAUGUGAUCUGUCCAAUAUUUGAAUAAAAUUUCUUUAUAUUUGCUCGUUGUAUUUUGUCUUAUCUUAAGGAAAAAUGUAAUAAAAAAUUGAAUGAGAAAAAUAAAUUGGAAUAGCUUAGAA